UAAUUUUUAUCGAACUUCUGUUGUACAUGAAUACUGUCGAAAGUACAUAAAGUGUAAGAUUGUAUGUAAUUGUGUUUUGUUUAAAAUUACAAAAUAAAAGUGCAUUGACAAAUUAUGAUACGCGAGUAAAAUCUCUCUUCGGUAGCUGGCACGAAAUAUCACGACAGCCACGCUCUGACUAAUUUCGAUCAAAUUAGAUGCAAUGCAUCAGGUUGGUUUGCCAAGAAGAAUGCAACAUCACUAUUACGUUGUGAAGAAGGUGUGAAACUGUUUUGUACAGUCCUAUAUCCUAAUAGAUAUUUGUUUUAAUGCAUAAUCUAAACGUCCCGAAAUCACAUCCUUCUCUACGCGCCGCUCUUUCGCGACUGACGCGACUGCGAACUGAAUCGUGCUACCAGCACUCGAUUUAUCUUGCACAGUGACAUACUGUUUUCCCUCGAUGAGGGGUGAUAUAGGAGAAGGCCGUCUCUUAUUGCUAGCUUGAUCUACUUUCGUUCUAGUUUACGUUAAUAGGGUAAACGUUAACCAGUGCUAAUGGGAAAAGUCUGGUUCCAGCUAUAGUGCCAAUAAUUUCCCAUAAAUCCCUACUAACCUAAUGUAAACUAGGCGUCGAAGAAAUGGCGGGAAAUCUUUUUUGACAGGUCUUCGCAUACCAAAGGAACUCUAUAAGCUGUACAUUUAAGUGUCGCAAAUAAGUGCCUUCGGAGUUUUCGAGAUACUCGAAUCUUUAUACCUUAGAUACUUAUCGUUACGACGUCGAGGAUUUGUUGAUUUCGCGAGAAUACAAUCGUUUCAGAACACAUUGUUCGCAUCUGGUCGUUUAUCUUCCGAAUCGCUGCAUCGUCUGCUUUGAAAUGGCCACGGAAUAGGCAUCGAAAGGUCGAUUGUUCCAUUUGCCAGCAUUUUAUCGCACACUUCGCAUUUCGCGACGAGCGAGAUUUAUAUUCGUUCUGGCAAGCGUAAGCUAUCAACUUCGCGUUCAGACGGAAGCUCGAGUAUCGCUGUCACCAGGCUUUAAUCGUGUCAAACAAUAGGAAACAGAUUACGUACGUACAGUCUUUCUCUUGUUCUCUUCUCUCGCGCAUCCUUUCUGUUUCUCUUUCAUUUCUUCGCAGUUGCAUAAGAACUCGAGUAUUCACUAAACCCGCGUAAAAUUCGGUGUCAGUUGCCAAUUGUCCGACGCUAUAGCGUCCACCGGAAGUACGCGCAAAUAGACUCGUAACGUCGCCAUGAUUUAAAAGCGAUUCAAUACGAGAAUCUCCUUUGUUCGUACCUUUUAGAGAAAGCUAAUAAUUCAUUUUCAAUGCAUAGCUAUACCGUGCUAAGUCGUUUUACGUAAUAAUACAGUUAGAGAUUGCCUCGUUUAAGAUAAAUUGGAUACCGUAGCGAACGCGAUUACGGUUUAUUACAGAUUUUGUCGUGUCACGAAUCAAAAGUCCGCAAAUACUUGUUCGUAUCAGAGUUGUACUCGUCGCUAGUCUAAUCACGGACAUCCGCAUCGAUUCCCCUCACGCAAUAGGAUUUUCUCGUAAACACUGUUCUCGAUCCGUAUUUUUCUCUCGGUCGUUUGUUCGCGAUUUACCGACAGUAUUGACGCCCGAUUAAUUAAAAAUAAACAGAAGAACGCGGCAGCUUUCGAAUAAAUUAAAAUACAAAUUAAUCUUUUUAAAUCCCGAUGCUUUAACACCGAGUAUGUUUCUAUUUCUACCAUCGUAUCGAAGUUUCGACUCCCGCGUCAGGAUUCGGAGAAUAUCGUAAUUUGAAAAGGAGAAACUUCGCGCAUGGCGAGCACAAUAACGGAUGUUUUUCCGUUGGUCGCGUGCUGUGCGAGACGGAAAAAGCAAGGCGAUCGCGUCGCGUUUCCGAGAAAAAGUAAAUGAACGGAAACGUAUGAAAAAGAUAUCGCUUUCCAACGACUUUUUGCCUCUGCGUUUUUGUCGGAUGGUAAUCGACUUUGAGAAUAUGUAAUAAUAGCCGGUAAUAGGAUUUCGAAUGCCUCGACUCGCGACUAUACGUACGUUUUCUGGAAAGAUUCUUUCAAACUUUUUACUUGUAAAAGAGCAAACUUUUUGCUUGUUUUAAAAGUAGUUUUGUCACGACAGCGUGUAACAUACUGGGAAAGGUACCGUGAUUUUCAGACGUAGUAUCGAGGAAGAAAGAAAUUUCGAUUGGGAGGAAAACGAGGAACAUUGCGCGAAACGAACGAAAGCGAAAAGAAGAGUGAAAGCGAAAGAGAAACAGAAAGAGGGGUGAAUACGAGGGUGAAGUUACGAUACGUAAGUGGUAAGAGGGGAAGAAACGUGUGCGUAUAUACGCGGGUGUACGCGACAGCGAACCGAUAGCCGAUAGCCGGUAGGAUGCAGGGGAUAUAGGAGGAGACGCGCAAGCGCGAAGCGGACGCGGUUAACGCUCGGGAUCCGCGUGGCGCGCGAGUUAGAAGUUGGCUUCGCGCUUUUAGUCUCUAUCCGUUCUUUCGUUCAUUCCCGUUCUCGCGUGGAGCAAGGAGAUCCGCUCCCGAGCAAGGGUUGCUUCCUUUACCCUCGAUCCGUCAAGAAAACGCUCGAACGCCUGCGGCUUUAAAGAAGGAUCAGGCCGUUCGCUCUCGUGUCGCGUUACCAUGAGACGAAUCGUCCUUCGCUCUGCAACCCUUGACGUCGUUGGCGAAACGACUCGUUCGGUAUUAAAAAUCUCGUCCUUCGCCGUUUGAAGGUUUCGAUCCGUCAAAGUCCACGGGAAACGUUCGUUCGAUGGAACGCGUCGGAAUCGGGGGAAAUGUCCGAGAAGAGUUUGGCCCGUCACGAGACAUCGGCGAGCGAGACGCUGGACGAGAAAAAGAAAACCACGGCGCAGAGAAGAUGGCGUAUUCUCGCUAAAGCGUUGAUCGGUUCGCGGGAGUCGGAUUCCGUGGACGAGGAGGACGAUCCGGAGGACGACGCGUCGGUUCGUCGCUUCACCAGCUUCGAUCUGUUGAGGAUCAGCCGCGUCGAGGACUCGCCAACCGAGCCAGACUCCGCGACCUGGUACGAGUAUUCCACCGUUUUGGAGAACAAGCCGUACAGCGUGCAGAUACGUCGGAUAAAGAGAAACUUCACCGCCAACGAAUUGAUCGGCUUCAACAACACCGGUAACAUAUGCGUCUGGCCGUCGGAGGAAUGCUUGGCAUAUUAUCUACUGAAGAAUCGACAGAUCUGUCGAAACGGGAGAGUCCUCGAGCUCGGUGGCGGCAUGAGUUGCCUGGCAGGCGUGAUCGCCGCCAAAUAUUGCGAACCGAGUAAAGUCGCUUUGACGGACGGUAACGUGACCAGCGUGAACAACGUCCGCAGCAUCGUGGCUAGAAACGGCUUGGCUGAUUUCGUCGAGUGCGGCGUCGUUCAGUGGGCCAAAGCGGCUAAGAUGUUCAGGGCAGCCAAAACGUUCGUACACCCGCGCCCCAAUGGCCUCCGAGUUAAGAAUUGGACCGGCAAGGACACUGCCAAAAUUCUGGAGAAACCGUACGACGUGGUCCUGUGCGCGGAUUGUCUGUUCUUCGACGAAGCCCGCUCGGAUUUGGUGGAAACGAUUUACGGCUGCUUGACGAACGACGGUAUCGCGUUGGCGAUGGCACCUAGACGCGGCUCGACCUUCCAGAAGUUCGCGGAAGCAGCGGUAAAACGAGGCUUCGUCGCGCGACAGAUAGACCGUUACGACGGCAAGAUUUGGUCCGUGCAUCUGGAGCUGUUGGAGCGAAGCCAGGAGUAUUGUCCGGAUCUUCACUAUCCGAUCCUGCUACAGCUGACCAAGCAGAAGAAAACGCCGCCUGGAUGAUCCGUAUCGAUCGACCGCGACCAUCGUCGCAAUCGCUAUCGCCCUUGUAACUCCUCGAACGAAAACGUCCACCGGCUGUUCUCGUCUUCUCGCGUUAUUAUACCUUUUCCGAUCGUUAACCUUUCGCUUGCUCCUUCGCGCCCUGCCGAUUACUCUCGAUAGCCUCCACGUUUCUCCGUGAACUCGUUUUCACCCCUUUUUCCCUUUUCCGUUUCCCACCGUCGAUACAACCGACUUCACCGUCGAGUCGUUACAGAUCGGCAAACGAAAAUUUCUCCUGACAAAGAAUUCCUUCUCGCUCGUCGCGGUACGUGGACGAGGCGACUCGUCAACGAUAGUAUUCCAAGUACCUGAUUUUAGACUGAUAGAAUUGGAAAAUUGUUGAUCGCGAUCCUCGCAAACUCCGUAGCCUAUGGUUUUCCGUAUCCGCGUCGGUAGACAGAAAGAUUUUUUUAUAACGGAGCUUUCUGUUUCUUGUUCGAAGCAACAACGAUCGAUCGUAUGCGAAAUGAAAGUAAUUUUUUCUCUACUCUAGUCAAAUUUAAAACGAAUCGCGAUGUUCGCGUUGAUUGUUAUCGCAAAUUCGCUGCGGUGAAUCAUUCGUACGCGACACGUUAGACAUCGAUUAAGCUUACCUGUCGGGGGUCCAAGAAGAAUCUAUAGCCAACGACUUUUGUACGAAUAGAACGAGAUAUCUCUCGAUCGUUAAAAGACACCACGUGAACAGGCAUUCGAGAUAUCGUUGGAUCUCGAACGUUUCCUUCUAAAUCUCCUCUAAUUUUAUUCCCCUAACUUGCCUUAGCGAUAGUGAGCGCGAAACAAUGCGCGCGUAAAUGCCUAAUCAUCGUAAAUCGUACGAUUUCCCUGUUUUACGUUCGUCCUUCCGUUCAUUUAUUUCCUUCGAGUUUAUUCGCGUUACGAAAGGGCAAAUGUCCCGUUGAUUACCUCAAAGUGCCUAUCGAACAUAGGUGUUAUUUUCCUCGCAAGUUCAUCGUUUUAUCAUUGCCGUUUUCGGCACAGACCCUGCUGUUAUCGUAAAGGACCAAUCUAGUUAAGGCUCUAGUCAAAGCUACCAAGUUUCCAUCCUUGCGUAUGUACUUACGACGUACCUUUACAGAGAGUAUAUUUGUACCGUGUACCAGAUAUGUAAGACGUAAAGAAUAAUAAAGUAUUUUCGUUUAAAAUUAUCUGUGGUACCAUUUAUGGUCGAUCGAGAUCGUUUCUCGCGACUUCAUCCCUCUCCUUGUCGACGCUCCUUGCAGUGGUUUCGCGGUGGCGGUAAUUGUAAAGUUGAAAGAUUUUUCGGACGCAUCGCCGCUGAAAAAUGAAACGUUUGGAUCGCGAGCACGUCCAUCGUGAGUCUUUAGAAAUUUAUUAUUAGUACACGGUACGUGUUUACCGACCUUCCCCUAUAUAGAAGCGCGAUACACGGUCAUGCAUCGCGUUCUCAUCGAUUUAAAAGACUCCAUGCUCGCUCUAUUAUUAACUUCUAAUAAUCACCGCUGCCGUGUAAAAAACUUUAACAAGUAGCGUUGUUACGGUUCUUUGUCCUCCCUUCCGUAACUUUCUCCCGAUAACAGACGUCGAAACCUUUAAAAGCAACCAGGUCGACGACUGUCUUGUCGAUCUUACAGUUAGAUUCUUCCGCAACACGGAGUCAAAUUCUAAUUCUGACUUUCGACCAUCGAUUUCGGUUUACGAAAGAAGCGUGCGUUCGACUCGAAUUUGUUUUUCUCCGCCUCUGUUUGGACAAUCGUAAAUUGUACAUGUUCGCCAUAUGUGGGUGACUGCGUACCAUUCGAGGCGUAAAGAUAAGUUCACUCGUUCGACAACCAAUCGCGUAAUUUAAUAACUUGUUAACCCUAUGCG